AUGUACAAUGGAAAUGGUGGUGGGCGUGGAAGCGCUCCGCUAGAUAAUGUAGAUACAGUGCCGAAUUCCUACCGUAGCCACCGGGAUGUGUCCUGGGGAAGUGUGAGAAGUUUCGAUGAGCGACGAGGUAGCCCGAAUUCGGCGCGAUACAGCAGCCGGCUGAGUUGCCGCUCCAGUGUCCGUGAUGAGGCGCAGACAAUUGACGAGUUCCACCGGAAGCAGCGUGUGGUUCGCUAUAUGCAGAUUGAGCGGGAGCGCGCCGCUCGUUCAAAGUUGGAGCGAGAAGAGCACGAGGAUUGGGUGACGUUUCGUGCCCUGGAGCGUGCAGAGCGCGUCAAAUAUAUGGAUGAGAGUGAGAUAUCUGAGCUUCUGCAACGUGAAGCUAAAGAAGCAGAACUAGAGAGACGCAUGGCGGAAGAGGCGGCUCGACGCGGCGCAGAGGCGUUACUGGACAGACGACGCGCUGCAGCAAACUCGCGGCCAAAAGAGGAGCAAAAGGCAAUGCCAGGGAAUAUCCGCGGCGGGGCGGCGGAGGCCGUUGCGGCCAUGCAGCGCACAGUAGAUGAGAGAGCCAAGAGAGAUAGCACCAACAAUGAGUUAGAAUCCUUACGGGCGCUUGUCCAGGAAGGCCUUCAACGUGAGGGGAAUCUCCGUUCUAAGCUCCAACAGGCACAGAAGGACGCCGCUGCCGCGAAGGUCGAGGCGCAAGGCGCAAAGCGUGCGCUACAGCUUGCAGAGGAGAACCAGCUGCAUGAAGGCAGGCGAGCCGGCGAGGAGACCGCGGCGAGGAAAAGAGCGGAGAAGCGGGCCGUCUCCCUUGAUGAGAGGCUGGAAGAACUGCGGAAAAAGGCCUCCACCUUGGAGGAGGAACUGCGACAGGAGAAGAGCAACGAACAGAAGAGUGCAGCUGCGAUCAAGGAAAAGGAGAAGCAGUUAAAGGAUGCCCGAGGGCAGCUUAGGAACGCCCAGCAAGAAAACGCAGGGCUAGAGGAGAAGUGCAAGCAGCUGCAGGCAGACAACGACGGACUGGUGCGGAGGCUAAAGGAUGCCUCACACGACAAGGCCGUGGCGAAGCAGCAGGCGGCCCAUGCGGCCACACUCGAAGGCGAGCGUGAAUUGCGCAGAAAAUCCGAGGUCGAGAAGGCGGAAUUGGCGCAGCAGCUUCAGGAAGCAGAGAGUGAACGCAAACGACUGGAGAAGACAGAAGAAGAUAUAAACUCUUUGCAAAAACGACUGGAACACCAGGGAAAUGCUCUGAGGCGUGCCAAUGAUGAAACAGAGGCGUUAAAGGAACAACUGAGGAACGAAACGGCUGUGAGAAUGAAAUUUGAGCAGCUCGCUGCGCAGUGUAUCCAGCCCAGAAAUGAUGCUGGCGACAAAGAAAAGCUUGAGCAAGCACAGAGGGAAGCAGAGAGGUACCAGGAAGAGGCUGUGGCAGUUCGGAAAGAAUUAAGAGAGGUUCGAGACAAUGCAGACCGAGAGAUCGCUUCCCUCAGAGCCUGGUGUAACCGGCUUACUGCACAAUGUGAUCGACAAAUGAAGGAACUGCAGGAGCAGAUAGAAAAUGGUGAAGCUUACACACCUCGCACAGGCCGCAAGGGGGAAGCGAGGAAUGGAAAGGAUAACUCAGAAGAUGUAGCAGAGAAAGUCCUCCCAGACUCUUCUCUAGCAGUUACCAAGCUUCAAGCCGAGCUAGAUGAGGUGCGGAAGCAGUUGACGGAGAGCAAACUGAGGGAGGAGCACGCUAUUGCCUUGGCCGAGUCUGCACGUCGACGGAACAGUGCUUCCGUCAACGCUGAACAGCAGGGCGAAUCUGCCUUGCAGAGUCAUACUGAUAACUUAUCGAAGAAUAAUGGGGACCUGAGGGUGGCCGAGGAGACUGCGAAUGCCGCCCUGAAACGGAUGGAAGCAGAGAAGGAGCUCAUGGAAGGUGAACUCUCUACUGAGCGGCAUAAGGUUAUUGAACUCCAACGGGAGAGAGACUCUCUGUUGGAGAAAGUGAGGCUCAAAGAGUCUGGAAAGUCGGAGUACCUAAAGGUAGAGGAACUGAAGGCCGGGAGUGGUGUGCCUUGUGCAGGGACAAAUGGUGCUUCAGGGGACGUUGUAGAGUUCCUUCAGCAAAUAGCAGUGCUUCGCGAGGAGGUGGAAAAGGAGAAGCGUGCGCAUGAGGAUGCCGAACGUGAGGCUGCCGCGCAAAAGGCGCGGGCUGACAAGGAAUCAGAAGCCCGCCGGAGAGCGGAGGAUGCCUCCAGCAAGGCACAAAAAGAGAAGGCUAAGCGUGGGUGUUGCUGA